AUGCCGUGCAGCGCCCCCGACUACUGCGGCUGGGGCGCGAAGCGGGGCAGCAAAGUGCGGUCGUGGAAGAACCGGUACUUUGUGCUCCGCGGCCGGGAGCUGGUCUACUACGCGGGCGCCAAGAGCGACGGCAGCGGCGAGGGCGUGGACGAGCGAGGGCGUCUGAAGGUCGUGAACGUGGCGUACUCGCCCGACCGGAAGAAUGGAUUAUUAAUUUAUGGAGCCGAUCGAAAGAAAGAGUUGACGAUGACCACUGCAAACAUUGAAGAGAGCCGCGUGCUGUUGCGCAAGAUCAAAGAAGCGAUUGGCGAACAGGAGACGAGUUUCCGACGGGCCACGAGCCACGAACAGCUCGACAGCUCGAUUGACAAGCAAGGAUGGCUACAAAAGACAGACGGCCUGCCGCCGCCAUCGUCGUCGUCGUUGUUGCCGUCCAUGUCGUAUUGGCAGCGCUGCUACGUGGUGCUGCGUGGACGGACGAUCGAGUUUUAUGCCGCUCCGAAGGCGGCGCUGGUGGAUUUCCAGACGGUCGUAAAGGUCGAAGCAGACGCGAGCAGGUCGUUGUCGUUGCGACUGAUUGCGCAGCGAGGAAAAGUGAUUUACGUGGCCGCCGAGUCGAGAAAAGAGAUUGAAGACUGGGACCGCGCGCUCGCAGCGGCGCUGGGUUUGCCGUCGGUGCUGAUGGAACAAGCAGGACGCCAAGACAAUGGGACGAUGGACGAUACAGAGCGUGUGGGUCAAAUCGACUCGACUGCCGUGUGUGAAGGCUGGGUCGAGAAGCUUGGACAGCGCAGUAAAGUGUGGAAGAAACGGUACAUGUCGUUGGCAAACGGGAUGCUCGAGUACCGCAAGGGUCCCCUGGAGCAGUUGUCGGCGGAAGUGCGCGUGACAAGUGUUCGCUACAGCAGGAGGUACUCGAAUGCACUUGUGAUUGAGUUCGGCUCGGAAAAGUCACCUCGUGACAGAGACACGAUUUGCAUCCGUGUUGAGCCAACUCGAGAGCUGGACGAGUGGAUGCGCGCACUGUGUGACGCAGUAGGAAAACCGCGGACUGCAGGAGGUUCUCGAUCGUUGUCUCCAUUGGCGAGAAAGCGUCGAUCGAGUAAGAUGCAGCUGCCGCCUUUUCCAAGAAACGUAUCCAUGCGUAACGGCAAUGAUGGGCUGGAGGCAAAACCUAGGACACUGAGUGCUGCAGGUCGUAAUCACGUGAAGCGGGGGUGGUUGUAUGGGCAAGGCAGCGGUUCGGCGUCGUGGAUGUUGCGGUACUUUGUGCUCAGCGACAAUACUCUCGUCCAACACGAGCACAUGAACGGGAUGUCUGAGAAGCUUGGAAAUGUGGCCAGCGUCGCUCAUAAUAUCGAGCCAGCAGGGUCCAUUUGUGUUCGAUUUGACGACGGGCGCACACUUAACGUUUACGGCGAAACAAAAGCUGACACCACUGCGUGGUAUGCUGCUUUCUGCAAUGCCGUAUGGGACUUUGCAGAAGAAACAGCAAAGAGCCAAGCAGUCCUCGAUCAAGAAGCAGAGGAGUUCUUCGACGACAACAGUUUCCGCGGGUGGCUGUUGAAGAAAGGGCAAAAUUUUAAAACCUGGAAACGGCGGUAUUUCGUGCUCGAGAGGAGUCGUCUCUCGUAUUCUGCAGCUGCCGGUAGUGAGGUGUUGGGCUCUGGUGUCGUGUUUGAGAUAGACGUGGGAGACCUUCGUCCAUUUUGUCUCAACAUUCGAUUUCAGAAUGGUCGACUGCUGCAUGUCGUGGCGCCAACUCAAGAAGCAUUUGCGAAAUGGCUCGAUGUGCUUCGGAAGGCGUCCAAUCUGGCCGAGUCCUUUUUAUCGCAGAGUAAUGGCUUAGCUGUUAUUGGCGAAGAAUUCGACAAUGACGUAGAAGUGAAUGAAAACGUGAAUGACGCGGGUGUGGAGUUCACCGCCGAUGACAUCUCUGAGUACGAAGUUAGUCUACGUGACGGUGGAGGAGCUUCCGCGUGGAUUGCAGCUAUGCAUAACCAGCCCGAGUACGACGCACUUAGCGCGUCGUCUUCUGAUCAAUGUGACGAAAUUGAUGAGGCUGAGAUUGUUCCUCAAGUAAGCGAAGUGUCUCCCAUCUCCUUGGAUAAAGCACUUGGCUGUGUGGGAUGGCUAAGGAAGGAGGGAGGGAAUGUCAAGAGCUGGAAACGGCGAUACUUUACAUUGUAUGGAGCAAAGCUGAGCUACUACAAGUGUGAAAAGGGUUCUCUUUUGCGCUCUGUAAAUGUUGUCGGUGUUGCUGUGCACCCGUCCGUGUCUAAUGGACUGAUAGUAUCUACGAUUGGUGGUCGAAAGCUAAUACUCCAGGCUGACACAAACGACGAGUCCGAUCGAUGGCUCAGUGCGAUUCAAAGAGCUGCCUCGAAAUUACACGACAGGAGGUCGACAGUAUCGACGGCGCUAUCGAUGAAUGAUUUUAUGGAAAAUGCACCAAGUGAGGAGGUGAUCACUCACAGUGGUUGGUUGCUGAAGGAGGGUCAACGAUUCAAGACUUGGAAGAAGCGUUUCUUCACGUUAAAGAACAGUGCUUUAAUCUACUACACCGAGAUCGGAGGCGCAGCACGCGGGCAUGGUAUGGUGAAAGGUGCUUGCCAGGACAGCUCUAGGCCUCACACUCUAGUGAUCGAGUUCCGUAGCGGCAAGACAAUGCGCGUGACUGCUGCGAGUGAAGCGACGAUGAAUGCCUGGUAUCAAGUGUUUUCGAAAGUCCGUUUUUCCGGCAGCGAAACAGCCGACGUCGGCGAGAUCACUGACGUGGUCGACUCUGACGAAGAAGGCGAUAGUGUAAGGGAUACAAGGCGACUCAGUCGAUUCAACCCGAGCGAUUACCUCAAUGAUGCAAUCAGCAAUGAUACGUUCAUGCGACUAUGCGAUAUAGAAGGAAAAGCAACGCUGCUGGAAGCUCGCAACAACGACGUGACGAACACAUCCCGCUCGUUCAAGGGUGAGUUGACCUUUGACGAAGAAGAUGAGGAGAAAGAAGACAUGGGACUAAGUACUGCCGAUGCAGACUACUACCGCAAAUUACGUGCCGAAGACGAGCGGAUCCAACGUUUGGAGGAAAAGAUAGCUGGCGGAGGAGCUCCGAUCACUGGCUGUGCUCCAUGCUGCACCGUGAUGUAG